UGUAAAAUGGCAGAAACCAGUGUCGCACUGGAUCAGAACCAGUUGAGCUGUCCAAUCUGUCUGGAUUUACUGAAGGAUCCAGUGACUAUCAACUGUGGUCACAGUUACUGUAUGAGCUGCAUUAAGAGCUGCUGGGAUCAGGAGGAUCAUACUGGAGUUUACAGCUGCCCCCAGUGCAGACAGACCUUCACACCCAGACCUGUUCUCGGCAGAAACACCAUACUGGCUGAAGUGGUGGAGAAACUGAAGAAGACUGGACUACAAGCAGCUACUCCUACUGACCAUUAUGCUGGACCUGGAGAUGUAGAGUGUGAUUUAUGUACUGGGAGAAAAUACAAAGCUGUCAAGUCCUGCCUGGUGUGUCUAGCCUCUUACUGUGAAACUCACCUCCAGCCUCACUAUGAGUCUCCAGCUUUUAAGAAGCACAAGCUGACUGAUGCCACUGGACAUCUGCAGGACAAGGUCUGUUCCCACCAUGACAAACCCCUGGAGGUCUACUGCCGUACCGACCAGCAGUGUAUCUGUUAUCUCUGCAUGACGUAUGAACACAGAGGCCAUGAUACAGUCUCAGCUGCUGCACAAAGGGAUGAGAUGCAGAAACAAAUGGGUGAAAAACUGAGGGAAUUUCAGCAGAGAAUUCAGACGAGAGAGAAGGAGCUGCAGGAGCUGAGAGAGGCUGUGGCCUCAAUCACAAGCUCAGCACAGUCAGCAGUGAAGGACAGCGAGAAGAUCUUCACUGAGAUGAUCCGCUCCAUUGAGAGAAGACGCUCUGAGGUGAUACAGCGGAUCAGAGAUCAGGAGAAGGCUGCGGUGAGUCAGGCUGGUGGAUACAUGGAGAGACUGGAGAAAGAUAUUGAUGAACUGAAGAGGAGACACUCUGAGCUGGAGCAGCUUUCACACACAGAGGAUCACAUCCAUUUCCUCCAGAGGUGCCAGGGCCUUACUGUCAACCCUGAAGCUGGAUUUGGACCCAGAAUCUCUGUCAAUCCACAUUGGUAUUUCGGAAAUGUGAGGAAGGUGGUUUCUGAACUGAAGGAUCAACUGAAGGAUGUUUGUGAAAAGAAAACGGCAGAGAUUCAUCACUCAGUUACCAAAGACACCGUCCUACCAGUAUUAGUGCCCAGGACCAGAGCAGAAUUCUUACCAUAUUCCUGUCGGCUCACUCUGGACCCCAACACAGCAAACAGACACCUCCACCUGUCUGAGGGGAACAGAGUGGUGACAUGGAAGGAAGAGAUACAGUCAUAUCCUGAUCACCAGGAGAGGUUUGACUCACGCCUCCAAGUGCUGUGUACAGAGGGUCUGACUGGGUGCUGCUACUGGGAGGUUGAGUGGAGUGGGCGUUCGAUUGGUAUAGCCGUCACAUACAAAGGGAUCAGCCGGAAAGGAGGAGGUGAUGACAGCUGGCUUGGAUACAAUGACAAGUCCUGGUGUCUGUACUGCUCAGGCUCCAGUUACUCGUUCCGGUACAAUGGGGAGCAAACUGUGGUAUGUGGCCCCCCCUCCUCAAGGAUAGGAGUGUACCUGGAUCACUGGGCAGGAACUCUGUCCUUCUACAGCAUCUCUGACACAGUGACCCUCCUGCACAGGGUCCAGACCACGUUCACUGAGCCCCUCUAUCCUGGGUUUCAGCUUUGGAAAAGUGCAGCCAAACUGUGCUAACAAACGCAUCUCAUUAAGUUUGGAGUAUUUAAUCUUUUGUAUAAAAAAAAUGGAAAUAAUGGACAUAGAAAUAAGUACAAUAAAAAUACCAUAUUACAGAUUUCUUAUAAAAUAUGCAUUUUGGUGAUUGAUAGGUAGAAAUAAAAAAAAAAUCUUUUCUAAGUUUUUACGUGAAAUUUCUGUGCUGAGACCCCAAGCUACCUCUAACCCUUUCAUGUGUCUUUGUCUACUCCGUUAAAUACUAAUUACAGGUUUAGUUAGCAUAUUGUUCAAAAUUAUUUCUUCUGUCAUAUGAAAAUCGAUAUUUUUACCCAGUGAUAUUUUGUAAAGAUGCUAAAAUCAGUAUAGAUUUACCAAGUGUCGUGCUCUCAUGUAAGUUAUCUUUGUGGGAAAUGAACAAUGAUUGCUUCAAUGUUUCCUUUUCCCUGUUUUUGUAUAAAAUUUUUAUAUAAAAAUGUAUAUAAAUAUAUACAAUUCAAUUGAAAUAUACUUAAAACUCUGUCCUGCGCUUCCUGGAACAGGCUGCCUGAAUUGUAUAACGUGGUUACCCAUUAAUGGAGAGAAGUGUCAGGAUGGGUUGUUUUCCUGUUUGACCAGCAGGUGUCACUGGGCAUUCCAUUCACUCCUCUGUGUUUCACAGCUUCACUAUCCCUAUAGUUUUCCCUAACUUCCUGGGCCACCAACAAGUUGAAUGUCCUGAGUGUGCACCCAAGUAAUCACCCUAACAGUUAUGGUUUUGAGGCUAGCCACAACUUUGGCGGAUAUUUUUGGUGUUUUGUCCCCUGACGAUCUGAUGAUUCAAUGUUUAUUAUGCUUCUUGUGUAUUUCUGUAUUGAGUCUUGUUUUGCACCCUUGUUCUUAGUUUUUAGUUCGUAGUUUUGGCCUGUUUUACCUGUGUUCCUUGUAUUUCUUAGUGUUUGAUUCCUUGGUGCUUUGUGCUUGUUAAUGAACUUGCCCAGUUCCCUGUAACUCUUAGUUGCCGGUUCUGUAUUUGUAGCAGCCCAUACAUGUCCCUUGUUGAAACCAUGGGCUUCGUUAGGUCUGAGUAAUUUAAGCCUAGUCCUGAGUAUUUUAAGCCUAGCCCUGAGUAUUUUAAGCCUAGCCCUGAGUAUUUUAAGCCUAGCCCUGAGUAUUUUUUCCAUGAUAUCAAACUUCCUUAAAAAAAAAAACCCAAAAAAGUCAAGAAUCAGAUAAACUUGACUUAGCCCUUGAUCUUUUCAAUAGCUAGAAACUCCCCUGGUUGAAACCAUGCAAUCUGAGUGUUUAAGUGUCUUUCUAUCAGUGUUAAUUUUGGCAAGAAUUUUUAAUUUAGGUUUAGCCUUAAUCACCAAAACUUGGGUUUUAGUCUAAUUUUAGUCAAUUUUUUUGUCAUAAAUUUAUCAUUAUUACUAAAGGAUAUUUCUCCUGACUGUACAAAUACCCUUGAAAAGUAAGCAUACCUUAUACAUAAGUAUAUCCUAUGAUGCUUAGUCAUCUAGGCUGGGAAUGUGUUACUCACUUACCAUAAUUCUUUCAUAUACGAAAAUGAAUGCCUAAAGUUUGUUUAAAAAAAAAGCAAUACAAUCAUAUUUCCUUAUUUCAUAUUUUUUCUGCAUACAACAACACACACUUAUACUCUUCCCCAGUUUCAUUUUCGUUAUUAGGGCAUUAAAACAGAGUUUUGACCCCUUGUGGUCCUUUUAUUUCGUUGCCUCCUCCUCCUCCAUUGUGUUUCAUUUUGUUAAUAAACUCCUCUCCGAGUUCUAA